AUGGCCAGGCUGAAUGAUUACACGGCUCCCCCAGAGUCGAUUGAAGCCCUCAAGCGGCGAUUCGUACGGCAAAACCGGGAGAUCGCACGAGUGAAUUCCAUUCAGUCGCUUCGAAUUCGGAGUUUAGAAUCAGAAGUGUCGCAUCUUCUGGCCGAAAAUGUCUCGCUGCGACAACAAGUCAUCAACCUUAGCCAAGAGACCGAACGACUAGAAACGACGAAGACUCUUCAUAAUGGAGUUUAUGAUAUCAAGUCGCGACUUGAUGCUAAGCUAGCAGAGCUGCAUGAUUUAACCUCAGAGCUGGGCAUGCUUCCUCGAAAAUUCGGCAAGCUAGACAAAACCGACUCUGAGCGACCAAAGGCAGCUGAAUCCCGGCCACAACUUUCAGAACCAGAGCAGCAUGGAUUGGAUGAUGGGAAAUUACCAGCCAUUCUGGAGGACAAAUACUUCCCUCGAAGAACCCUUGAAGCACAAGAAAUACAGGACAUUGCCCAAAUGAGCUCGAGCCCAUUUCAACCAGUAGUGGAAGAGGAUCUAUUACAGCCACCUGCUGGUGAUAUCGGAAGCCCAAGCCCGAAAGUCCACGAGAUAUCGGACGUCCAACUAGAAGAUCCCGGCAGCCCUGAUCCAUUCCUUCCACCUACACUCGAGACGCGGAAAAAGAAAAAGAAGGCAGAACCAGUCAUCUCAGAGGAUGAUGGCGCUUCACCCCAGGUCCACCAUACAUCAAGCAAUAAAACAGCACAACCGAGAAAAUCAGGAUCCAAACGCAAAUUCAGCCCAGAUGAGGAUGGCACUUUAUCAGACGGAAUGCCCGAAAGUGACGAGUUCCAAUUCAGCCGACCUUUUCAGAGCCCAAAAAAGCGCACGGAGCCCUUGGACAUGGGAAAGCAGGACACCACACCAACCAAGACCCCUGUGGUCGCUAGACGAGGACGACCGCCUAGUGGCACUGCAAAGCGCAAGGUUCUUCAACCAAAGACUUCGAAUACGAACUUGAGCUCGCCUAGUAAAGCUCGUGCGUCGCUGCAGUCAGACAACAAGAUCUCACAACCACUUGGUCGCAACGAAAACGCCGUAACACUACAAAAAACUAAAGGCAAAAGCUUGAAUCAGGCAGCACGCCGACCGCGUUCAGCUUUGGAUACUCAAAAGGAGAAGCGUUCUCAACUGUCCGUUGAGACAGAUCAACAACAUGAGCCAGCUCCCACAUAUCCAAAAGACCCUUUCAUGAUGCAGGAAGACGGCAUGGCCAGCACCUCCGACGAUAUGUCUGCAUCUCGAACAUCUCGUCGCCGAGGCGCUGUAGUCAGCUACGCGGAGCCCAAUCUACGUGCUAAAAUGCGUCGUCCAACCACAGAUAUGAUUGAUGCAGUAGGCAAAAACGGUGCCCGCAGAUCUUCCAGUUUCCUGAUGGAAGGGUUUGAUGAGGCUAGUGAUGUACAAGAGGGAGAAAGACCAGCAGUUGGUCCUUACUCAGCCAAGGGUGAAGACGACCCAUCCGAUCUCGCCCUUACCCAAAAGACCGCAAGCGCUCCGUCCAAAUAUGAGGCUUCCGAUCAACUUGCGGGGACGGUAUCUCGAAGGAGACAAUCUCGUCGGCACUCGUCGAACCCUAAAGGCGCCACCUACGAAUCGUCAUCAAGAAAGGAUUCAAUGGAGACAGAACACUCCCCCGUAUGGAAUUUAUCACCGGUUACAGCUAGUAAAUAUUCCGCACAAACAGACGGCUCUUUUGAGGCCGAUGACUUUACAUGGAGCAAAUCAACAGUCGACAACAAUACUCGGCGGGAAACUCGUGUGGCGGCACGGAGGAGAAGUAUGAUGGUGUAA